UGAGUUUUACCGAACUAGCACGCUUGAAACUCUCUUUACAUACACUGUUGUGUUGUGUCCCACACUCUCACAUGCCCUUCACUCUCUCUACUCCUUUUCUUUUUCCAUCUUUUCUUUACUCUGUUCACCCCUCACGCUAUCAAAUUGAUUACGAGCUUAUUAUUCCUACCAUCCUUCACCAUUUUUCUCGGUUUCGGUUCAGUCUUGUUCACAUCCAUCAUUCCCAUUAAUUCCAAGCGUGUGUCAGUCCAUCUGUAAGGAAAAAAAUUACGUACACGUCAGCUCCAUAUUUACAUUCACAGUACUCUCUUUUCUCCAUCGUCAUCAUCCUCCUCAUCAAUAACUCUCUAUUACGCAUCUUUCAAACUUCCAACGUCAUCAUAAUUCAAAACACAUUACAAAAGGCUUCAACAAUUUAUUAUUUCAACAACACAAACCAAACCCACCAGUAAAGACAUGGGGAAUUGUCAAGCUGCUGAAUCGGCCACUGUUAUGAUUCAUCACCCAGGGAACAACAAGGUCGAGAGAAUUUACUGGUCUGUUAGUGCUCAUGAGGUUAUGAACUCUAAUCCUGGUCAUUAUGUUGCUCUUGUUGUGUCUUCUCCUACUCUUAAAUCUGAGAAUGGUUCACCGUCGAAACAUCUCAAGCUUCUUCGACCUGAUGAUACUCUACUCAUUGGUCAGGUUUACCGUUUGAUCAGCUUUGAAGAUGUAUUGAAGGAGUUUACUUCUAAGAAAUGCGGUAAACUUGGGAAAUUGCUUAAGGAAAGUGGUAACCAUGGGGUUCAGAUGAAACACAAAGAUUCUAGAGCUUCGAAUCCUAGUCCAAGUUCCAAAUCUGAGUUUCGUCACGUAAAGGUGGAACAGGAAACCCAACGAAUGGAUAGCAGUGGAAGCAGCAGAAGCAACAACAAGGUUGUUGGAAGGCAUUUGGUUGGUGGUAGUGGGCAAUGGAGGCCAGCCUUACAGAGCAUUGCAGAAUUUGGAACUUGAAUUCACUUUAUUACUUCAUCAUUGUGAUAAAUAAAUCUUCUUUUAAUUCCGUUCCUUUCAAUAUAAUUCAUGUAAUUGCCCCCUUCUUAGUUUGUAGUAGUCCUUUCCUCAUACAUAUAUCAUGCUGUUUUGUCUGUUAAAAAACUUUGUUGAAUCAUUUUACAUGCGAUGUCUGGUUUGGAAGUGUAUGGCUUUGCCUUGAAAUUUUGUCCGUUCUUGUCACAUUCACUGAGAACCAAACAUGGAUGAUAUGUUGGUGUUGUGGUCCCAUUUUUGUUGAAUUAGCCACUUUUUGGGCAUAAAUCAUGCAACGAAUGUCGGGCAUAAGUAAUUGCAAGAAAAUUGAUUUUAUUAAGCAGAUAAUAUUGAGGUCGAGACUUAAACAAAAAUAAGCAUGCAUGAGGAUAUUUACAGAGAAUAUUUGAUGAGCAUGGUAUGUAGUCAAAAAAACUCUAUUUUCCAAGCAUGGAAGGAGGUGGUGGAGGAUUUUGCUAUAACUUCUCUGAGUAUAGAUUCAGAAGCAACCUUUAGUAGUGUUUAUAAUAGUGUAAGAGAGGUUCAAUGAGUUAUAUUUGAUGAGUCUCUCAUCAAUGUACUCGUGAUAGAAGUUGUUGAAACAAUAAAGGAAACAUUACGUCAUAU